AUGCAACGGACGCCCCCGUGGCUAAAGCAAGGCUGGAGCCGUGAGGGGAGGCUGGAGGGCGGCGCGCGUGUUGCAGACGCGCUGGAGAGCGAGCAGGCGGCGCUGGAGCGCGCGCAGCGGCGGGAGGAGGCGGCGGCGCAGCUGCUCAGCCGCAAGCGCGAGGACGUCGAGCGCCUGCGCGCGCAGCUCGCCGUCCAGGCGCGCGCGCGCGAGCAGCACAUAGAUGAUUAUUGUGCUGAGAUGGAGAAAAUAAUUCGCGAGGCUCGAGCUGCACCAGCAAUGUAUGAGGAGGAGCAGCUGGCGCGCGCGGCGGAGUUGGAGCGCGCGCGCCAUCGGCAGCAGGCCCAGCGGCUGCAGGAGCUGGACCGCGAGCUGGAGGCGCUGCGCCGCGAGGCGGCGCUCGAGAUGACCGCGGCCCUCGACGACGACCUGAGCAUCCGCGCGGUCGAGGCCGAGACGCAGCAGCUGACGGCCGAGGUGCAGCUGCUGCGCGAGAGCCCGCAGCGCGCAGCGCAGGCGCGCGCCGCCUCCAUCGCCGCCUCCGCCUCGGCCUCGGCCUCCACCGCCCCUCCGCCCUGGGCUCUCGCCCUCGCCCACGCGCAAGCCCAGGCCCAGGCCCAGGGCCAGGCCCUGGCCCACGCCCACGCCCUGGUGCGCCACGUCGACCAGCCGCGCCUCCAGGACUAG